AUGACCACGACCAGCAAUCGAAAUAUCAGCACCAGCACUGUUAGGAGCUCUUUUCUUCCCUUUCUCGCUGGAAUUGCAUUUGGUAUUGCAUCGUCUAUCCUUUAUACCCGCGUGAUAUGUUCCAGAAAUCAAAAGUCGUCGUCGUCGUCGUCGUCAUUGUGGCUACAACCACCAUCGACCUUGCCACGGUUUGCCCAAGAAAUUCUCUCCAACCAUCACCACACCAACACGGAAAAAAUAAGCAAUGAUGAUAGUAAUGGUGAAAGCACGAACGCUAGUAGCCCUAAUACUGCACUAUCAUCUGAGAAUUGGACCGAAGUUCGAUUGCGUGAAUGGGAAGACUUGAACUGGAGGGAUGCGAAUGGUUGGCAAGGUCGUGAUUUGUGCCACAAUCCACAAGGUCUAGGCGUUCGCAUUUUACAUUACUACUACAAGGCAUCCUCCAAAGAAAUGGUGGGCGUCGUUUGGUUUGGCCCUCAUGCCGAAUCUCAUCGGGGACUCUGUCAUGGGGGAGCCAUGACCUCGCUGAUGGAUGAUUUUUGUGGCCACUUGGCAUUUUUGCAUUCGACUAGUGGACAACCUUGGUCGGGUGCCACGGUCCAAGUGAACGUGUCCCUCAAGAAGCCAGUCAAAGUGGGGUCUAUUUUGAGGAUUAUUGGCAGGAUUGACAAGCAUGAAGGACGUAAGAUUUAUGUUCAUGCCACAUUGGAUGACGGGGGUGGUGACAACAACGGCGGCAGCAGCAUUGAUGGAGAAGAACAGAAUAAGGAUCCACUGGUGUAUGCUACAUUAGAAGGACUGUCUAUUGAUGGAGUGAAGAUGUCGCAACAUGAGGAUCCAGUAUCGAAACGAACCUGGGAAGUGGAAGUCUGUGAGCAUUCUGGAAGGCUGCAGAGGCGAGAUUCUGGUUGGAAACUCCUGUAA